UGUUCUACAUGAAUAAUAUUUCUUCAUUGUUGUAGAUUCUGUGCCGAUACCGUCCUAUUUGGAACAUGGAGCUGUUUCUGCGGCCAGUUUUCCUUGCAGGCAUAAUGAAGGAGUCUGGUAAUCAACCCCCAGCAAUGUUGCCAAGAAGAGCAGCAUAUAUGACGAAAGAUCUCAAGAGGAUGGCAAAGUUCUACCAAGUACCAGUACAACAACCAGCAGAUUUUAUGGGGACUGUUAUUAGGAAAGGUUCUCUAGCUGCGAUGCGUUUCGUCACAGCUGUGGAUUUAACAGAACCUCGAUUUGUGGAGUCUGUCUCCAGAGAACUGUGGUUGCGCAUUUGGUCUCGGGAUGAAGACAUCACCCAGCCAGAGAGCAUUUUGGCAGCUGCAGUGAAAGCGGGCUUACCUGAAGGUCAAGCCCAAAAGCUUCUGGAAAUGAGUACCUCACCUGAUGUAAAGGAUCGCUUGAAAGCAGCAACAGAAGAAGUAUUAAAAUAUGGGGUGAGCCAGCAAGGAGAGAGUGAAGGGGGCUCUUUGCCAAAAGGGCAGGGUGGGGAAUUAAGAGGUACAACAGUCAGGAAGUGCAAAUGCUCUGGUGAGCCACCAGAUUGACCCGUGAGGUCGCCC